AUGUCUCAACCCACUGGCUUCAAUCACCGCAAAUACUCUCAGCCCGCCUCUAGUCUUCUCAAUAGUCGCGAGCUAUUCUCUCGCUCAACUGGCUUCAACACUUCCGGUCAACUCCCCAGCACCUCGGACAUGCAGCGCUACAUUUCGGCCUACAUUACCUAUUUCCACCCUCACUCGCCUUUUCUUCACAUCCCAACCCUCAACUUCCAGGCCCCAGAGUACACGAGCAACCUCCGCACGCCGAGCGGACAUCUUAACCUCAGUUCGACCGGUGUUGCGGGAGGCGGUGGCUGCCUGAUUCUUUCAAUGGCUGCCAUCGGUGCUUUGUAUGAAUAUGACACGGCUGCUUCCAAGGAUCUGUUCGAAGCCGCAAAGAAAAUGAUUCAGCUAUAUCUGGAAGAACGACGCAAGGCCGACAUGUCCGCCGCAUUGAGUCGUUCCAACUCGGUCCGCGAUAAUUCUGUACACAACACUCCCCUCUGGCUGGUGCAGGCCAUGCUGCUCAAUGUGAUCUACGGCCAUACUUGCGGCGAUAAGACAUCCGCAGACAUUGCCAGUACACAUUGUGCUGCUCUCGUUAGUUUGGCUCGUGCUGCGGAGCUGACGCAUCAUCUGGAUCCCAAGAGCCUGCCGCAAGAUCAUCUCAAUUCUGGAUUUAAUGCUUCGGAUCCCUCGGAUACUGAAAACUGGACUUCGUCCUCAUUUGGUCAACCCAAGGAACGGCGCGACUGGUUGAACUGGAAGGUGGUUGAGGAAAGGAAGCGUACUCUAUACGCAAUUUUCGUUCUCUCCAGCUUCCUCGUUUCAGCAUAUAACCAUGCACCGGCUCUGACAAACUCGGAAAUCCGCUUAGAACUCCCUUGUGAAGAGGAUCUCUGGGCUGCCGAAUCGCCUCAGGCCUGGAAGAAGAUGGGCGGGCAAACAGCCACCAAGAAUAAUGUUUCUUUCUCGGCUGCUUUGACUUCCCUCUUAACCGCCAGUCAACGCGAACAGCAGAAUAAAUCGUCGAACUUAUUCUUCAGCGGUGGUAGUACGGAUGAUCCCACGAGUGCGGAGAACCGACCAAGUACCUUUGGCUGCCUCGUUCUCAUCUACUCUCUGCACAACUACAUAUGGGAAACAAGGCAAAGGCAUAUGGGUCGGCAAUGGACCGCUCAAGAAACCGAGGCCAUGCAAUCCCAUAUUGAACCAGCAUUGCGAGCAUGGCAGGCGGCGUGGGCAAGCAACCCUGUGCACAGCUUGGAGCGUCCCAAUCCGUUUGGGGCGGGCCCGUUGUCUGCAGAUAGCAUCCCGCUACUCGAUCUGGCAUAUGUCCGGUUGUUUGUCAACCUAGGCCGAUGCAAGGAGGCCUUCUGGCAGCGCGAUUGGAACGGGAUGGCAGAUGAGCUUGCUCGGGGAACCGAGGUCUUUCACCAGACCGAUGAACCUAUCAACGAUGUGUUAGAUCCAUCCCUCGCCGGUUCGCUCGAUGCCCGGAGAGAGUCCGUGAAUGACUUGGGUGUAGGCGAAUUGGUAAUUUCGCAAACGCCAACCCAGGAUCAUCCCAUGCAAUCCCUCUCCAAUGUAUACAAAACCGGCCAGUCCAAACGUGAGAAGCAUCUGCGCAAGGCAGCCUUUUAUGCCGCAGACUCGAUUUCCAUGUCCGACCGCCUCGGCAACACAUUCGCCGAGUUCUCUUCUCGCGAACUUCCCAUUCAAUGCGCAAUGUGUGCCUUCGACUGUGCCCAGGUCCUGGCCGAAUGGAUCACUACCGUUCAAGAACGCGUUGGCCCUUACCUGGGUAUCCUUGGCCGUGAUGACAUCGACCUCACCCAGGUACCCGGGGUCAUGCUUCUAGAGGACGAAGACUGCAAACUUAUCGAUAAGAUCAGAGAGAUUCUAUCAAGCAUUGAGACGAAAAUGCAACGCACCGUGCAGAACAGCAACACAAUGUCUGCGCUGAGCGUGAUGCAACGCCUGCCCAGCGUCGUUGAGGGCGGGUACGGGUGUAAAAUAUUGAUUGCCACGGCGAGUCUGCUCGAUCGAGCGGCUGUGUGGCCAGUGACGAAGCUGAUGGCGCGCUCGCUAGAGGCGCAGGCUAUGCGGAUGAAGGAGCGUGCGGAACACUCUUGCUCGCAUGCCAUUAUGAUGACUUCUUAA